AUGGAGGCCUCAGGGCAGGAGACGGCCUUGGAGCAGCUGGGCCAGGAGGCCACCUGCCCGCUCUGCCUGGACUUCUUCCAGCACCCGAUGGUCCUGGCCUGCGGGCACAACUUCUGCCGCGACUGCCUGGCCCGGCUGGGCGCUGAGGCUUCCUGCCCCCAGUGCAGAGCCAGGGUGGAGCCCGGCAGCGCCUGCCCCAACCGGGCCCUGGCCAACAUCGUCCGCCUGGUGAAGGGGCUUCGGCUGUCGAGGGGGGGAGCCCAGGAGGGGAGCAGCGACCCCCAGCUGUGCCGGGAACACCAGCAGCCCCUGCAGACCUUCUGCUCCAGCGAGAAGCGCCUCCUCUGCGCCGGCUGCCUGGGGAGGCACCAGGGCCACCCCCUCCUCUCCCUGCCCGAAGCUGCCCGGGAAUACAAGGACCUGCUGGAUGCCCUCCUGGAGCCCCUGAGGAAGGAGGAGAAGCAGCUGCUGGAGCAGAGGCGGGCAGAAGAGCAGAGUCUGCAAGAGUGCCAGGAGCAAUUAGCCACCGAGAAGCAGAAGGUUGGCCCCGCGUUGGAGCCUCUGCCGGAGCUGCUCCGGGAGAGGCAGCCGGUCUGGGUCGCCUGGCUGGCCGAGGAGGAGAAGAAGAUGGUGGCCGAGUGUGUUGGCCCUCUGUCCCAGCUCUCCGGGGAGGCCUCCCGCCUGCAGCAGCUGAUUGCCCAGACGGAGAGGAAGUGCUGCCAGCCGGAUGGGGAAUUCCUGCAGGACAUCCAGGACACCGUGGACAGGUGCCGGAGUUAUGUGGUGGGGCGCGUAGAGAACGCCUCCCCCAGACUGCAAAGCAGACUCAGGACUAUCUUCGAGAAAAACGCUUCCGUAAGGCAGAUGCUGGACAAUUGCAAAGUUUACGUCACGCUGGACAGCUCAACUGCCCACCCGCGGCUCCGGUGCUCGAACUCUGCUCUUACUUGGGCCGACCGAUACCAGGAUCAUCAGGAUCUGCCAGGGAGGUUCGACCGGGAAUUGUGUGCUCUGGGCUCUGUGGGAUUUGCCCCAGGCUGGUGCUUUUGGGAAGUAUCCGUGCAGGGUCCAGACAACGCCCCGGUGUGGGGCAGAGCAGGCUGGGCCAUAGGGGUGGCCAAGGAGUCCAUCUGCAGGAAGGGGAGCCUCCAGCUGAGCCCCCAGGAGGGAAUCUGGGCUGUGGGGAAGAGUUCGGCGGGGGAGACGGUCGCUUUCUCCAAGGUUCAAAAGAAGUUGUACUUGCGAAGGCCGCUGAGGAGGCUGCGGGUGCGGCUGGACUACGAGGCAGAAAAGGUGGAGUUCCUGGAUGCGGAGAUUGAGGCUUCCCUCUACACCUUCCAGUUGGGGUCCUUAGUUGGGGAGAGGGUCCGGCCAUUUUUCUAUCUGGGCCAGGAGGGGGUCUCCCUUUAUUGUGAGGGACAUCCAAGUUCAUCUGUGUGGGACGACUAUGGAUUAUAA